AUGGAAAAGGAAAGAGAGAUGGAGAUGAUCAACAAGAUGGCAAGUUGCUUGAUUCUUCUAUCAAAGGCUCACCAAAACGACACCAAAAGCCGUGUUUUCGCGUGCAAGACAUGCAACAAAGAGUUCCCGUCGUUCCAAGCCUUGGGAGGCCACCGAGCAAGCCACCGUAGAUCGGCGGCGCUUGAAGGUCACGCGCCUCCUUCACCAAAAAGAGUCAAACCGGUGAAACACGAGUGUCCCAUAUGCGGUGCUGAGUUCGCCGUAGGGCAAGCCUUGGGUGGUCACAUGAGGAAGCAUCGAGGAGGAGGAGGCAGUGGCCGGAUUUUGGCGCCGGCGCCGGUGACGAUGAAGAAAUCCGGUGGUGUUAAUGGAAAGAGGGUUGUGUGUUUGGAUUUGAACUUGACUCCGUUAGAGAAUGAAGAUUUGAAGUUGGAGCUUGGGAGGUUUAUUUUCUAA